AUUCUGCCACGUUCGCCAAAACAUAAAACUGAAAUAAAUUCAACAGUUUAGACAAAUUUCCGUGUUUGUUCUAUUAAAAUAAUCAUUUUAUCCAGUGGGUGUGUUUGUAUUACGACACCAGUAUGGUAUCUGUUUUAAAUACAGUUGACACUGCUCACGAAGAUAUGGUGCAUGAUGCUCAGCUAGAUUAUUAUGGAACCAAAUUAGCUACAUGUUCAUCAGAUAGAUCUGUAAAAGUAUUUGAUGUUAGAAAUGGACAACAGACUUUGAUAUCAGAUCUAGCAGGGCAUGAAGGUCCAGUAUGGCAGCUAGCAUGGGCACAUCCUAUGUUUGGUAAUACCUUAGCCUCAUGUGGUUAUGAUAGAAAAGUUAUAAUAUGGAAAGAAAAUAAUGGUACAUGGGGCAAGAUAUAUGAAUACACAAAUCAUGACUCAUCAGUUAAUUCUGUAGCUUUUGCACCACAUGAAUUUGGGUUAUUAUUAGCUUGUGGAAGUUCUGAUGGUACUAUAUCCAUAAUAUCCAGUACAGGAGAUGGAACAUGGGAUUCUAAGAAAAUAAAUAAUGCUCAUUCUAUAGGAUGUAAUGCUGUUAGUUGGGCACCAGCUGUUACACCAAAUUCAUUAUUUGAUACUGGAAUCAGACAACAACCUGUUAAACGUAUUGUAUCUGGUGGAUGUGAUAACCUAGUCAAAAUAUGGAGAGAAGAAGAAGGUCAGUGGAUAGAAGAACAGAAAUUAGAUGGACAUAGUGAUUGGGUUAGAGAUGUAGCCUGGGCACCCUCUAUAGGACUACCUAAAAGUAUAAUAGCAACAUGUUCUCAGGAUUGUAGAGUUAUAAUAUGGACCAAUGAUGGUAGCAAUACUACCUGGGUAUCUAAAGUUUUACAGAAAUUUAAUGAUGUUGUGUGGCAUGUUAGUUGGAGUAUAACUGGAAAUAUUUUAGCUGUAUCAGGGGGAGAUAAUAAAGUAAGUUUAUGGAAAGAAUCAACUGAAGGACAGUGGGUGUGUAUUAGUGAUGUGAAUAAAGGGCAAGGACAAAUUUCAGAAGAUAAAGAUCGAGAAAAUCAACAGAAUUGAUUGGAAUGACAUCUAGUCCAAGAAAUCAUUGUUAAUAUAAUUGUUAGAUAUUUAGAACAUUGCCAAAGUUUUACUAGGAUUGACAACCAAUUCAGACAAAAUAUGAUAUUUCUGGAGGCAUAUAUUAUGUGAUGACUGAUAUUUUACUGGUAUUUGUUGUCCAUCUAAGAAAAUGAUGAUUUGAUUAAAUAACUUUUUAAAUUUUGCCUUUUUGAAGUUGGUGGUGUCAUGUGAAGCUGUAAGAAAUUCACCCAAAUUAAAUCUGAGUGAAACCACGCUCUUGAAUCUAUAUUUCCAGUUGAUGUAUGUUGUAUAUUUUGGUAAAGAAAUUUUGAAUGUAAAGAAAUUACCGCCAUUCUAUUUUCUAUUAUAUAAAUUUGUGCUAGAGUAAGAAUUUGAACUCAUGAUGCCAUUGAUCCUCAAGAUUGAAAAUGAUUUUUGUACAAGAAAUAGAAAUAACAUCUACAUUAAACCUACAAACAAAUUCACAUCUUUCUUAGUUACCAUAGUUUCCUUUUACAAAAGAAGGGGGCACAGUUCAAACAGCUCUUAGUUUUGAAAGGAUGGUUGUUUAUGGUUUAAUGAUAUAAUUUGGUGCAUGUUUGAUAGAUAAAAAUUAAG